UCUCUUUCUCCUCACGAUAUUAUAUUCGAGCGAAGCGAGCAACUUCUCCGGAGUCGAUCAUCGCCGAUCCUGGAAUAAAGUACUCGUUGCAGCUUGAGGAAAAUACGAGGAUGACGUUUACCUUGGCCGCAACAGCAUUCGUGCUCAUUCUCACUCAUCCGACUCUCGGACUUGGGCCGGAUGAGAAGACCGUUCUAAACGUGACUGUAUAUUACGAGGCUCUUUGCGGCGACAGCAUAAGAUUCGUCAACCAACAACUUGCACCUUCGUACGAGGGCCUCAAGGAACACCUUAAAAUCGAUUUUGUUCCUUACGGAAAAGCUGAGCAAAGCAGGAAUGAAAAGACUGGCGAAUGGAGUUUCGACUGUCAGCACGGACCUGACGAAUGCAAAGGAAAUCGUGACCAGGCGUGCGCUUUAGAUGCGAUCAACAAGAACGAGGACGCCGCUAAACGUCAGGAUCUUUCCGUGAACCUUGUAGCUUGUGUUAUGAGCAGUACAAACCCAGCAACUGCUGUUACUCGGUGCGCAAAAACAGUCAAAUUGAGCGUGGAAACGCAAAAACUUCUCGGCGAGUGUCAAGAAUCGAGAACGGCCAAUGAGUUAUUGGCCCAACACGGUGUCACGACCAUGAGACUCAAUCCUAUCCUGACGUUCGUUCCUACUAUAACUGUUAACGGGCAAGCUGAAACUGAGGCACGCAAUCACUUCAGAAGGUUUGUGUGCGGACAGAUUCCUGAUAACGAGAAACCUGACAGUUGCAAAAGUACUUGAUGAGAAAUAAAAAAGUGACUAAAAAUGCAAAUUUCGUACCAACUCGAUGUGGCGAACUAAUCGUGUAAUAACUAUAUACAAAUUGUUGUUUUUUUUUAUGUACAAAAUACAAAAAAUUGUCGAUUAUAUCAAAAAUGGAGUAAUAAAAAAAUUGUAUUUGGAAAAUAUAGUGGUUAUAACUAUGAAAAA